UUCUUCUUUAGGUAAAAAUGCUUUAAUUAUUAUUUUAAAGUUGGCUAGGGGUAACAAAAUAUUGCUCCAGUUACCUUAAAAACUAUGGAGAAUCACCAAGAAAAUAAACUACUUGUUACAAAAUCUAUCAGAUCUUGCGAAAGACUUGAAGAAAAGAAAGAAAGCUUUAAAGUUGAUUCUCCAGUUAAAGGAGUAACUAAUUUAAAAGUUAAAAGUAUAAUAAAGAACACACACCAAUUAAAAUCAAACAAAGACAUAAAUCAACCAAAAUCGAUCAAGAAUACAACGAAGAAUGUUCAAAAAAAAUCAAGCAAUGAGAAAGUCAGAAAAGUCUGCGAUAUGGAAAACAGACCAGAAAAAGUUCAAACUACCAUCACACAGCACUUUCAAGUUCGUCGAAGCGAAAGAAAAGUUAAAACAAUGGCUAAAAAUGAUGCAAAACUUAAUCUUGAGAAAAUAAUAUUGUCUGGUAUAGAAGAUGGGCUUGAGGUGCGUUUAAUUGAGGACAAAGGGCGUGGAGUCUUUACAAAGCAAUCUUUAAAGAAAGGUGAUUUAGUCUGUGAGUAUGCUGGUGAUUUAAUCAGUUUGAAAGAAGCUCUACAAAGAGAAAAAGAUUAUGAAAAAAAUCCAGAGCUGGGUUGUUAUAUGUACUUCUUUGAUUACAAAGAUAAAAAAUAUUGCGUCGAUGCUACUAAAGAAACAGGACGUCUUGGUCGCCUUUUAAAUCACAGCAAAACCAACAGUAAUGUGUGUACAAAACUCUUUCCUAUCGGAAACACUCCACAUUUAAUACUCGUUGCGCAAAAAGAUAUAGCUUGCGAUCAAGAGUUAUUAUACGAUUACGGAGAUAGAAGUAAAAGGUCAAUUGAAUCGCAUCCUUGGCUAAAAUUAUGAUAUCUCAUUCAUUUUAGUUAAUUA